AGAAAAAAAAACCGUAUAAAAACCCUUAAAUAUUGCGUUCACUGUGUUUGUGACUUAGCACGAACAGCACAGCACAGCAUCGGUGUAAUCGUACGGAUUUGUAUUCUAUCAUUUACGUCAACGAGAUGCUGUGCUGUGUGAAAUGUGCAUUUAUAUGUAUGUGUGUUUGUUCGGUAUAGUCCACUUGAUUCAAAGGAAAAUGAUUUGAUUUAGAAAAUACCAGACAUUCACGUGGCUGCAAAUUCAACCAGUGUCCGUAUUGCAUUUCAUCAAUUAUUUCAAUUCGGAAAAAAAGCGGACUCUUCACGGCGCAGACCAAAAUGUUCAAACAAUAAAAUAAAUCCAAUCAAAAAGUUUAGACGCUUGUGACGCACAAAAAGUGUAUAAAAACCACAUGCCGGAGAAAUGCAAAACUCAACCAGUUUUGAAGGAAACUGAAGUAAAAUAAUACUGAAUAAACCAUUGAAAAGUGAAUGCUGUGUGACAAAGUGACAGCAAUAUCAUCAAGGAACGGUUUAUUUUAUCGUAGUAAAAUAAAAACAACACGAAUGCGAGAAGAAUUGGCAUGAGCUCAAACCGGGCAUAAUAGGGACGCAGCAAAAAAUUUAAGAAAACAAACCGUAAAAGUCGUUAGGUGGUGAGCAAGCGGUCGAAAUACAGCAUAGCAGCGAUAUACUGACAUUGCCUUAAAAUAAUAAACAAACCACUGAACAAAAAGCUACCAAAUCGGCCAAAAUCGCCUGAACAAUGCCAAGAAGAUAUUUCGAUUCGAUUUUAAGUGACGUUCAAUGCAGCAGCGAUGAACCGAUCAACGUUCAACAUUCUCUGCAUGCUGUUUUGCCGUCAAAAUAUCACAUUCUCUACGUGAGCAUUAAGGCGCUCAGAAGUAGAUUGGACGAUUUGGAGUUAUACGUGCAUAGACUUCAUCAACGUGGAACAGAAAUUCAUGUCAUCGCUAUCACCGAAAUCAAUAUCCAUGCAGAAACUAGUAAAUACGUCAAUUUACCCGAAUACAAUGCGUAUUUCAGCACAAAUCCAAAUAGUGAGGGAGGCGUUGCUAUUUUGUUACAUAAAAGUCUCACAUCGGGUAUAAUAGAGAACGCUGAAAAUGGCGGUAUUAAUUGUUUGAUCGCCCAUAUUCCAAAAUUAAAUGUUAAUAUAGGUGUUUUGUACCAGGAUCCGACUGCAACGACCGAAUUGUUAGUUGAAUAUUACAAAAGGAUUUUGAGAAAAACACGAAUGAUUUUGUUCAGUAAUGUUGACAUUGAUUUAUUAACGUCAAAUGUGUCCAUUAGACGGUAUACUGAUACAGUUAGAGAACAUAACUUUUUCAUAUUAAAUAAAAUAGACCAUGAUUCAGCCACCAGAAAUAGUUCAAUCAUGGAUCACAUUCUGACCAACGUCACACGUUACAAAUACUCACUUUCGAUUCAUGAUGUAUCGUCCGAUACAAAAGUCAUUUUACUUGGUUUUGACGAUAGAAAACCGCACAAAGUUGAAUUCAUUGCUGAGCCAAGUGUGGUUCCAUACGAAAUGGUCGAUUUUGAAGAGUUUAAUCAGCGUUUUUCUGAAAUUGAUCUGCAAAGAAUUGGAUGCAUCGAUUCACUUGUCUUAAAUAUGAUUGGAUGCAAACGAGAUAGCACUGUACAGAUGGAAAGGUUUCGUCAAAAUCGUGACAAACCAUGGAUUUACGAAAAUUCAUUGAAUAAAUCGGAUCGAUUUAAAAUGCGCGGUGAAGCGUAUGCCAAACAAAUCAAUGGAACAUUCGAGCUUCAUGGCAGUUCCAGAAGACUUCGGGACACUGUCAACGAAUUUUUGACGAAUAAAUCGUCCAGCAAACAUUUCAUUGAUGCGAUUCGUAUCAAAACCAACCGUGGCCAUUGGCGACUUGUUGUUGAUAAGAAAGAAAUUGCCAAUAUUCUCAAUGAGUAUUUUUUGAAUAUUGGUAAAAACCUGCAUAGUCGCAUACCCUGUAUGACGAAUUACUCCAUUCCCGAAGUUGAUCUCAAUGAGAAUUACAUUGAUAUCAUUUCCACGACAACUGCAGAGGUUGAGACAAAAAUACGUACGAUGAAGCCUAACAAUAAUAUCAAUGACAGUAUCUCGUCAAAUAAUCUGAAAUUUCAUUCACGCACCCUGGCUCCGUUCUUGACAGAACUCUUCAACGAUUGUUUUCGUAACGGUGUAUAUCCACGCUCACUGAAAAUCGAUCGAAUUGUGCCGGCUUUUAAAAGCCUUGAUCCGUUGAAGCCCAAAAAUUACAGACCGAUCACUGUGCCUUAUUCUCUAUCAAAAUUAAUGGAAUCAAUUAUUUGCGAUCGAAUCACCGAGUUUUGCCAUCAAAAUGAUAUUAUUGACAAAAAUCAAUACGGCUUCCAAAAGAAUUCCAGCGCAAUGUCUGCAGUUGUGUCGGUUGUGGAUUAUUUGCAAGCUGGUUUGAGCAGAUGUCCUGGCUCAAUUGGAGCCUGUUUGUUCAUUGACUUGAAAAAAGCGUCCAAUUCAAUACCUCAUGUGAAACUUAUGGAAAAAUUGUUUCGAAUUGGCAUCCGAGGGUCUUUAUAUGCAUUGAUAAAGAGCUAUUUGCGCGAAAGACGUCAAUACGUCGAUAUUGACAACGUUUCGAGUGAGAUAGCUGUUAACACAAAUGCAUAUUCCAUUCCUCAGGGAUCUGUGCUUGGUCCAUUCUUUUUAUUACUUUACAUCAACGACAUUUGCAAGUUGAAACUUCACGGAAAAAUCAUUCUGUGUGCUGACGAUACGGCCAUUGUUUAUAUAGAAGCCGAUCCAGUCACAUUAAAAAGACACAUGGAAAGCGAUUUUGAAUUGCUCAUCGAAUGGUAUAACCGAAAUGGGUUCACUUUGAACACGAAAAAAACGAAAGUAAUGCUAUUCAAUGGUGAAAAUAUUGAUUUGCAAAUCAAUUUGAUGAUAAGAGACAAAGCAAUCGAAUUUGUUGACAACUAUAAAUAUAUGGGUGUUUAUUUACAGAACAAUUUAGAGUGGGACGUUCACAUCAAUAAGAUUAUCACAGAAAUAAGUGCUGUAUCGGUUGCUAUAAAAAAGAUUGGAAGUUCAAUAAACGAAAAAUUGUCAUUCAUUAUGUAUCAGGAAUUGGUAUACUGGCGUUUGGCUUUUAUGGCAUCGGUUUAUGGUACAUUUUCAACAAAAGUCCAACUCAAUCGUUUGCAAGCAGCACAAGACAUGGCAAUAAGAAGUAUUUUCUCAGGUGCAAACGAACAUAACAUAAACGAUACUUAUGUCAAACAAAAAUUGCUUAAAGUCAGUCAAAUCAUCAACUAUGAUUUAGCUUUGUUUAUUUAUAAGAUCAAGAAUAAUUUUCUCAAACUGAAUCGCACACUGAAUUAUGUAAACUGUGAAAAUGUCUUGGGUGUUGGAGCAAAAUAUUUUGAAUCACUCGAUUCUUCAAUUCAAGACCAACAAAAACUCGGCCGUUUCAAAAGAAGCUUCAAACGAAGCUUCAUCAAUUCAAAUCGUGGGUCAUGUUCUGCAGAACAUUCUAAAGCAAAUGUCUCAUACAAACCAAAAGCAAAAGCAAAACCAAGAGUUUUACUAUUCCUAUUAGUUGGUAUUAUUAUGGUAUUACUUUUUAUUGGUAUUAUUUUUUUCAUUUAAAUAUUAAAAGUAAUACCAAAAACACUUUUGGUCAUAAAUGAAUCUUGGUUAAUUGAGGAUAAUUAACGCUCUAGUGCAUACAAACGCGUUUAGAUGCGCAACAUUCGAACGCCUGUAUAAUGUAAACCGCACGUCGGAUCACAUUGCUUCAAGUAGAAUUUUUAUUCCACAAGGUUUUCUCUUCAAUUUUGUCUUCAGCACCAUUCGUCUACAUCAAGCGGUUGUUGUGUUAUAAAUAAGAAUGUGCGCAAAAUCAAAAAUCUGACAAAAUAAAUUAUCCCUUUGCAGAAUUAGACACAUUUUUGACACUUUUAAACAAUGGAUUUGAUUGUUCUCUAAUUUAUUUAUUUAAAGUCAACUGAAGUUAUAGUCAGUCAGUCAUUUUGUUACACACGGGCAAUUUAUGUCAUAUAAGCUAAAAUAUAAAUAGGAAAAUAAGUCAUUUGAAAAUAAAAAUGUUAAAGAAAAAUAAAUGUAACUGAAACACUCAAAGUGGUACCGUAACACUGAUAAAUUAGAAAGUAUACAAAUAGAACAUAGAAAUGACCAAUUUUAGUUUAAGAUUUCAUUGUGAUUGUUGAUUCAAUUCUAUAUCAAAAUAAAAAGCAUUAAGAAAAUGCA